AUGGCACGGCCGGUUAAGAGGCAAGCAGCAGUAGUAGCGGAUGACAUUGAUGAGAAACACCUUUUGGCUUUCAUUGCGAAGAAGGAAUAUAAAGAUGAAAAUAAAUGCAAAGAAGAACUCAAGAAAUAUUGUGAAGAGUUGAAGAAAAUAGAUGGUCAAUUCAGUGUGAAUGAUAAAGUUAAAGGACUUUGUGAUGGUGAUGAAGCAAAACGAGGAGAAAAAUGCAAAACCCUGAAAGAGAAAGUUGAAAAAGAAUUGGAAGCUUUUGGAGAUGAACUUGAUACAUUGGUAGAUAUAAAAGAUGAAGAUUGUAAAAAACAUGAGGAAAAAUGUAUACUUUUAGAAGAAGCAGACCCAACUAAUCUUAAGAGUAACUGUGUCGAGUUGAGGGAAGGAUGUUACGAAUUGAAGCGUAAAAAGGUGGCAGAGGAGCUCCUUUUCAGGGCGCUCGGAAAGGAUGUUAAAAAUGGUGAAUGUGAAAAAAAGAUGAAAGAUGUUUGCCCAGUGUUAAGCCGAGAAAGCGACGAGUUGAUGUCUUUCUGCCUUAAUUCAAGUAAAACAUGUGAAACGUUGAAAGAAAAAUUGAAGGAUGUUUGCGAGCCUUUAAAAACAAAAUUGGCGAAAGAUUUCGAAAAAGAUUGUCAUGAAAGACUUGAGAAAUGUCAUUUUUACGGAGAAGCGUGUGAUAAACCAAUGUGUGAUGAGGAUAAGAAGCAAUGCGAGGAAAAAGGAAUCACAUAUAAAGCGCCGGAAUCUGAUUCUAGUCCGGUCAAGCCGAAGGCGUCGUUGUUAAGAAGUAUUGGGUUGGAAGAUGUGUAUAAAAAGGCUGAAAAAGAAGGAAUUAUUAUUGGAAAAUCAGGAGUGGAUCUACCAAGGAAGUCAGGUACAAAAUUUCUGCAAGAUCUCUUGCUACUGUUGAGCAGAGAUAAGAAGGAGACGGAACCAGAAAAGAAAUGCACCGAAGCGUUAAAUAAAUGUGAUGCUUCUAAGUAUUUGGAUCAUAAUUUGAAAGAGUUAUGCAAUGAUGGAAAGAAAAACGACAAAUGCAAAGAAUUACUAGAUGUAAAUGUAAAAGAAAGAUGUACAAAACUCAAAUUAAAUCUUCAUCUGAAAGGGUUGUCUACGGAGUUUAAAGAAGAUAAAGAAUCAGAACUUUUAUUGUGGGGACAGCUUCCAACCUUUUUUAUAAAAGGAGAGUGUGCAGAACUUGAGUCGGAAUGUUUUUAUUUAGAAAAGGCGUGUACGAAUAAGAUUGAUCAAGCAUGUCAAAAUGCAAGAGCAGCGUGCUAUAAAAAGGGACAAGACAGGAUGUUGAAUAAGUUCUUUCAAAAGGAAUUGAGGGGAAAUCUUGGUCUUGUAAGAUAUCGUAGCGAUCCUGGUGAUUGUAAAAAAUAUGUAGUGGGAAACUGUACAAAACUUGAUAAAAAAUAUCUUCCACGAUGUCUUUAUCCUAAAGAAUUAUGUUAUGCGCUUUCAAAUGAUAUUUUUCUUCAAUCCAAAGAGUUGGGUGCGCUUUUAGAUGAUCAAAGGGAUUUUCCAUUAGAAAAGGAUUGUCUUGAAUUGAAGGAGAAGUGUGAUGAACUUGGUAGUGAUUCAUUAUUGAAUUUAGAAAAGUGUAUAACAUUGAAAAGACGCUGUGAAUAUUUUGACGUUACAGAAAGAUUUAGAAAAGUAUUUUUAGAAAAAAAGGAUGAUUCGUUAAUGAUUCAGGAAAAUUGUACAAAGGCAUUGCAUGAGAAAUGUAAUGCUUUAUAUAGGAGGAGAAAGAAUUCAUUUAGUGUUUCAUGUGCUUUACCAGAAGAAACAUGUAGUUAUAUGGUAUUCCACACAAGUCAAGAUUGUAAAUAUUUAAAAGAAAACAUCAAGAAUGAAGGAAUUGUAGGAAAAAUUGGAGGAGCAAAUAAAGAUGAAACAGCACUUGAAGAACUCUGCACAACAUGGGGCCGACAUUGUCAUCAACUUGUGAAGAAUUGUCCAGAUCAGUUGAAAAAAGAGAAUGGCAAUGACAAUGAUCAUAACUGUGACAAACUCGAAGAAAAAUGCAGUGAAACUUUUAAAAAGUUGAAAGCGAAGGAGGAGCUAACUCAUCUGUUGAAAGGCAAUUUAAAGGAGGAUAAUCAAUGUAAAGAAGCAUUGAAGAAGCGUUGCACUGAGUUGCAAAAGAAUAAAACAUUCGAAACUCUGCUUGGUAAAUGUGAAGAUAACACUUUCCAAGAACUUUGCAAAAAAUUAGUUGAAAAAGUACAGAAGAGAUGUCCUACUUUAAAAGCUGAUCUGGAGAAAACGGAAAAAGAGUUGAAGGUCAAGAAAGAAGAAUAUGAUGCGCUCAAAAAGGCAGCAGAAGAAUCCAGAAAUAAAGCUAGCUUAUUGCUAUCAAGGCCUAAACAAACUGUAACGCCAAGUGCGCAGAAUAGCAGUGGUUCUGUACCAGCACAGCCACCAGCAGCACCAGCAGCACCAGAAGCAGGAUCAUCUUCAUCACCACAAGGGCCACCUUCAUCACCAGAAUCAUCUUCUACAUCAAGUGGAACACCAGGCACAGCAGAUGGAACGAAGAAUAAUGCAAAACUUGGACUUGUUAAAAGAGCAUAUGUAGAAGGAGUAUCAGAAGUAGAGGUCAAAGCAUUUGAUGCAACGACGAUAGCAUUGGAAUUGUAUUUGGAAUUAAAAGAAGAAUGUAAAGCUUUACAACUAGAUUGCGGUUUUAAAGAGGAUUGUCCAGAUACUAAACAAGCUUGUAAAGAAAUAGAAGAGUUAUGUAAACUGGAAGCAUUAAAAGUUGCGCCUCAUCAUACAGAGACAAUAACAGAAACGAAGACAGAAACGAAGACGGAAACAAAGAUGGAAACAAAGACUGAUGACAAGGCUGAUGAGAAGACCGGUACGAAAACUGUUACAGAAACCAAGACAAUAGGUGGAGGAAAAGUAACAGAAGAGUGUACAAUGAUACAAACAACAGAUACAUGGGUGACGAGUACGUCAUUGCAUACGAGUACGACAACGAGUACGUCGACAGUGACGUCUACAGUGACGUUGACCUCGAUGCGCAAGUGCAAGCCUACCAAAUGUACCACCGAUUCAACCAAAGAGACACAGAAAGGAGGAGAAGAAGGAGAAGAAGAUGUAAAACCAAAUGAUGGGAUGAAAAUAAGAGUCCCUGAUAUGAUUAAAAUAAUGUUGUUGGGAGUGAUUGUUAUGGGGAUGAUGUAA